UUGCGCGGGGACCUCAACAUUUGCCUGCGCAAAUCCCACGCUAGACAGAAAAGAAAAGAGUUUCUGAGAAAACCUACAACGACAGCAUUCUCCGUCGUUUCGAGAUGGCCCCGAGGCUGAAGCCGGCGGCGAAAGCGGCGUACCGGAACGCGAAAGCGGCAUACGACAUCGCGAAUGCUGAGGGAAACCACCGGGAGGAGGCGCGAUGGGCCAACGUCAUCGGCGACAUACUGAAAAACGGUGGAGUGUACCGCAAGGCCCUGAAAUGGCUCCGAAUUGAUUACGAAAUUUCGAUCAAACAUUUACCGGACAAGCACUUGCUCCCAACCUGCCAAUCCCUCGGCGAAGUGUACUUCCGCCUCAAUAAGUUCGAAAAAGCCCUAAUUUUCCAGAAAAAACACCUCGAGCUCGCCAGGGAUGCAAACGACAUCGUUGAGCAGCAGCGAGCGAACACGCAACUCGGUCGGACUUACCACGAAUUGUUCACGCAAUCGGAUUAUGACCACAAUUCGAUUCGCAACGCAAAGAAGUACUUUAAGUGCGCGAUGGAUCUCGCGGUGAAGCUCAAGGAGAAUCCUCCGAACAGCAAGUCUUCUUUUCUCGCGGAGUACAUCGACGCGCACAACAACAUAGGCAUGCUUGAAAUUGAUCUUGAAAACUUGCACAAGGCGCAGAAGAUUUUAAUUACUGGAUUGGAGAUUUGUGAUGAAGAGGAGGUCGCUGAAUUCGAUGAUGGCCGCAGUAGGCUCCAUCACAACCUUGGGAAUGUGUAUAUGGAACUUAGGCUUUGGGAUGAUGCUAGGAAAAACAUCAAGAGGGAUAUUGUGAUUUGUAACAGAAUUGGACACUGUCAAGGGGAGGCCAAGGGGUAUAUUAAUCUUGGUGAAAUGCAUUACAGGACUCAGAGGUACGAUGAUGCAAUGGCUUAUUACAAGAAAGCGUUUGGUUUGGCGAAGUCCUUGGAGGAUGAAAAAACCUUGGUUGAGCAAAUUGAGCUGAAUAUUGAAACUGUGAAAAAAGCUGUUAAGGUAAUGGCUGAUAUAACGAAAGAAGAGCAAAGCCUUAAAAAGCUUAAGAGAGAUAUAGCCGCAGCUAGAGGUACAUCGCAUGAGCGGAAAUUCUUGCUGCAGCAGAAUGCAGUACUUGAAAGCCUUGUUGAGAAAGCAAGGACGAUCUCAGCGUUGGAGAAGCUUUGUGAAUUUGCAAAGGAGAAGAAGAAAAUAGCAAGUGAACUCUGUGAUAGGCAGAGACUGGCUGAUUCAUAUUCGGAUGUUGCAGAAUCAUACCAGAAACUGAGAAAAUUCAACAAAGCUAUCAAAUGGUACAAAAAGAGCUGGCAAAUGUUCAAAAAUAUUGGUAACUUAGAGGGGCAAGCGCGGGGGAAAAUUAACAUUGGUAAUGUUUUGGAUUCUACAAACAAUUGGAGAGAUGCACUGGAUGCGUUUCAAGAGAGUUACAGUAUUGCUGUUGAAGCAGAUCUGCCUGAUUUGCAACUCUCUGCCUUGGAAAAUAUGCAUUAUAGCAACAUGAUAAGAUUUGAUGAUGAGGAUGAGACCAGGAGGUUGAAACUUCUAAUUGAUAAACUAAAAAAAUCCAAAGAAAAAGAGGCAGCAGCAAAAAAUAUGUCAGAGGAUUGUUGCUCCGAAACUGAUACUGAAGCAGAUGAAACUGAUACUGAAGCAGAUGAUUAUCUGUCUAACAGUGGGUCUGAUAAUAUUUGCUUUCCAAAGACAAUUUCUCGAUCAAAAGCUCUAACUACUGGAGAAGAAUCGGAAGAUGACGCACCACUUAUGUCCCUAUAUCAGUCCAUAAAAAGCUCAUCCAAAAAUAAAACAGGCUACAAAGAAAGUCUUCUCAACUCUACCAAGCAAGCAGAGCAGUCACCCAGUAGUCUGAAAAAUCAAACCAGUGAUCAUCAGACAAUUGUUAGUCGAAAACGUCCGCAUGUGAUUCUUUCUGAUGAUGAUGAUGAUGAUGAUGAUGAGGUGAAAUGUUCAAGCAGAAAAGAUCAUGAUUGCCUGGUAGAUGAUUUGCCUACUUAUAAUGCCAUUAAGAGUAAAGCCAGUCCUUGUAAAAUUCAGGUUAUCUCCGAGCACGGAUCUAAGAGUGCAAUUAAUGUUGAAGAAAGUAGUAGUUCUUUCAAAUGUUCAAGUCCACAUACAGCCACAAAAACUGGCAGACAUUCUAGGUCUUUGAGCAAUGAUGUAGUUGCUGAAGCCAAUUUCCGUACUGGUUCUAAAUGUGACACUGAUUUCUCUGGCAAACAAAAUGAUAUUUCCCAUCCCAGGUUGCAUCAUCCCCAAAAUGACUCCCAGAAAUGUAUUGCAUGUCGGAUUGGGAAUGAUAUAAUGCACGUUGAAGCAACCUUGUGUACCACCGGUGAUCAGUUAAACAUUGACUCUUUGAAGGCUGUAGUUGCAUGCUUAUAUUAUCUACAAUUUCCGUCGGAAAAGAGAUCAGAGGGUUUGUUGCCCAUUAUUGAGCAUAUGAAAUGUGCUGGAAGAAAUAUGGAAUCCCUGGAAACUGUUGAACAUCUUAAAGAAGUUAUGGGAAAUGACAUGGUUGAAGCUUCUGUUGAUGGAUGGAUUCACAAGCGCUUGAUAAAAAUGUACGUAGACUGCUGCAAGGAGUUGUCUGAGGUACCGAACAUCAAGGUACUGACGAAGCUUUACAAUUUAGAGGUUUCAGAUGACGAAAUUGUUGUGUCUGAUUGCGACCUGCAAGAUUUGUCAAUUACACCAUUGAUAAAUGCACUGCAUUCCCAAAAGUCAUUUGCGAUGCUGGACCUCUCUCACAAUUUGUUAGGAAAUGGAACAAUCGAAAAACUUCAGAAAGUGUUCGCAGCAUCGGGACAAUCUUAUGGUGGCUUAACUCUGGAUUUGCAUUGUAAUCGUUUUGGCCCGACAACCUUGUUUCAGAUUUGCGAGUGUUCACUGCUAUUUGCUAGACUAGAAGUUCUUAACAUAUCUGGAAACCGUCUUACUGAUGCAUGUGGAUCAUACCUUUCGACAAUCUUAAAAAACUGUACAGCUCUUUGUAGCUUGAACAUAGAGAACUGUUGUGUCACAUCCAGAACAAUUCAAAAAGUAGCAGAUGCAUUGGACUCCAGAUCUGCCCUUGCCCAUCUAUGUAUAGGAUACAACAGCCCUGUAUCAGGAAAUGCUACAGUUAAUCUUCUGUGCAAGCUUUCUACUCUGAAGAGGUUUUCUGAGUUGAAUAUGAGUGGUCUAAAACUAGGCAAACCAGUUGUCGAUACCCUUUGCAAGCUUGCAGGGAGCUUAACUUUAUCAGGACUAAUGCUUGGAGGCACGGGCAUUGGAACUGAAGGGGCGAACAAAUUAGUAGAUUCUUUGCUCAAAGGGAAUGAAGAGCUUGUGAAGCUUGACCUAUCAUAUUGUGGUCUAACAUGUAACUUUGUUUUAAACACCAGUGUUAAUUUCUUUUGUUCCAUCCUAGAGCUAAACCUAGAAGGAAAUCCUAUCAUGCCUGAGGGUAGCGAUACUUUAUUUUCACUUCUCGUAAACCCCCAGUGCUGUCUCAAAGUUUUGGUUCUUAGAAAGUGUCAACUUGGGCUUACUGGAAUCCUUCACAUAAUUGAGGCUCUUGCAGAGAACAGCUGCAUUGAAGAACUUAAUAUUGCUGAUAAUUCUGUUCCAAAGGAAAAUUCCGCUCUACAAUAUGAUUUAUCAGUAAAAAGCUGCUCACAAAACCAGGAGCAGAAACUAGAUACUAUGCAAGUUGAUGAUAAUCAAGAGGUCCUUUGCUCUUUAAACGCAGCCAACUACAAGCUGGAAGUUGCUGAUAGUGAAGAUAUUCCUGUGGAAGCUGCUGCUUCUGGAAUUGACGACAGCUGUGCCAGUUCAUGUCAAAGAAAUUCAUCUCCCGAGUGCCAUUUGGUGCAACAGUUUGCAAUUGCUAUUGGUAAGGCAAAGAACUUGCAAUUACUAGACCUUAGCAAUAAUGGUUUUUCUGCACAAGCUGCGGAAACAUUCUAUGGCUCGUGGGCGACUUUACGACCCCUUUCAAGUCAGAAGCACAUUAGCAAGCAGAUUGUUCAUUUCUCAACUAGGGAAAAUAAAUGCUGCAGAGUGAAACCUUGCUGCAAGAAAGCUUGAUAUGUAGCACCCAGUCAAUGUUUGAGAGCAUUUUUAUGAAUAAAAAGGCGUUUGGCGAUUGCUGCUUUAUUCAUAAAAUGUUAUAUCAACAGCUGAACUUAUGCACGUCCCUUGUAUAGGUUGUCCUCUGACGUCGUUCAUCAUGCAAAAAGCUUGAUAUUGUAAGUCUUUUUUAUAAAGUUUAGAGUAUUUUUAUAUCGA